CGCCCCUGAGUCUGGAGCAGCAGCAGCAGCAGCAGCAGUGGAGCUUCACUGCCUCUCCUCGCCUCACAGUGCGGGAAUAUAGCAGCGGAGAGCAGAAUGGAUACGGAAGGGAGCCAGAGCAGCCUGUCCUCCGGCACGGACAACUCCCCCCACGACCCCUGCAAAAUGUUCAUCGGGGGGCUGAGUUGGCAGACAACACAAGAGGGCUUAAAGGAGUACUUCUGCAAAUUCGGCGAGGUGAAGGAGUGCAUGGUGAUGCGGGAUCCCGUUACCAAGCGGUCGAGGGGCUUUGGAUUUGUAACAUAUGCAGAGCAAGCAGGCGUUGAAAAGGUUUUGGCGCAAAACAGACACGAGUUGGACUCCAAAACGAUCGAUCCGAAGGUAGCGUUUCCUCGCCGGGCUCAGCCUAAGCUGGUGACCAGGACAAAGAAGAUCUUUGUCGGAGGACUUUCAGUCAAUACCACCAUUGAAGAUGUGAAGCAUUACUUCGACCAGUUUGGAAAGGUCGAUGAUGCCAUGCUCAUGUUUGACAAAACAACCAACAGACACAGAGGUUUUGGCUUUGUUACAUUUGAGAACGAGGAUGUGGUCGAGAAAGUGUGCGAGAUCCACUUCCAUGAGAUCAACAACAAAAUGGUGGAGUGUAAGAAAGCUCAGCCCAAAGAGGUGAUGACGCCGACAGGCUCAGCCAGAGGACGCUCCAGAGUGAUGCCUUAUGGGAUGGACGCCUUCAUGCUGGGCAUCGGCAUGCUGGGUUACCCAGGCUUCCAGACUGCUACCUACACGAGCCGCAGUUACUCUGGCAUCGCUCCUGGUUACACUUAUCAGUUCCCAGAAUUCCAUUUAGAGAGGACCCCCCUCCUGACAUCAUCCCAUCCCCCUGAGCUGGCAGCCAUUCCCCUGACUGCAUAUGGACCAAUGGCAGCAGCCGCAGCAGCAGCAGUAGUUAGAGGCUCCACCCCUUCACGCACAGCUGGUUUCCUGGGAACCAGCAGCCCUGGACCAAUGGCUGACUUAUAUGCAGCAGCCAAUCAGGACUCAGGAGUCAGCAGCUACAUCAGCGCAGCUAGCCCAGCCCCCAGCACGGGGUUCGGCCAUGGACUAGGGAAAGCGUAUCCCCUCAUGUAUCCUCAGGGUCCGCUGAUUGCUACUGCAUUCACUAACGGCUACCACUGAGAGGACCCAGGUCACUGAAGAUGGGAGGGCUUCUCCUCUGCUGACGAGCCAAUCAGAACGCUGGCUGCCCACUGAUGGCAAAUCCUGAUUGGCCGACCACAGGCUCUUCCGGGGUCUUCCUGGCUCCCUGUGGCUCCACCCACCGACUGAAUAUCUUUUUAAAUCCUGAACUCUGUUUUUUGCUGUACUAAUCUCACUUCAACAUAACUUCCCCCGUCUCUCCUCGUUUGUCCUCAUGUAGUCUAAUAUCUAGACCCCAACUUUAUCCAUUAUUUUCUUUAUUGAAGCUGAGGCAAAGAACUGCAAAAAAAAAAAAAAAAGAAAUUCUCUGAGGAAACAUUUGUCAUCUUUGACAAUGACACAGAGGACUAUUUUUGAUUUUUUUUAAAUUCUUUUUAUUUUUUAUUUCAAUGUGAUAUGUCGCUUCAUGAUGAAAUCCCUCACAGCUGUUACCGAUGUGGACAGAUAGAGAUGCAAGAUGGGUCUUUGACAGAAAAAAAAAUGUUUUUCACAAAGGAAGAACAAAUCCAACAAAGUCCUUUUUUAACUUUGGCAUCACGGAAACAUGAAAAAAAACAAACUAAAAUGUAUAUUUUGGUAGUCUUUAAAAACAAAACCUUUGUAAUAUUGUUAUUAAUAUUGACAUAAUAAUGAUAAUCUGUAAGGUAUUUUAUUCUGUAAUUGGUUUUAAAGCAAUGUUUUUAUGUCUUCCUGUAAGAUAUUGUACAUAAACGUUAGGGUGAGUGGGGAGGGGGGGAGGAGGGGGUUACUGAACCGGCUGGCAUGUCAUUGGUUGGUUCUGAAAGGGUUGACAGCAUUUUGACUGGAUGUCAUUUAUCAGUAUGCAUAUUGUUUAUGUGUACCUUUUUGGCCAGUCCGCUCCAGCGACUUCAGUGCAGCGCUGUUGACGUAAACAAAACUUACUGAAGUUUGUUUUGCAGAUUCGUUCAGUAAAAAAAAAGAAAAAAAAAAAAAAAGAAGCUCUGUUCCAAAAGUCAGCAACUUGUUUGCAACUUUGACUUUGUCAUUUUCCCACCAUUGAUGAACCAGAUCCCUUUUAACUUCAUACACACAAUAAGACGAUGAAGACUGAAAAACAGGAGAAAUCAGGGGUUCUAGGGUACUGAGCUGACUUGACUUCCUCUUUUUUUGAAAAUAUUAUAUAUUUUGUUUGCGCAAUUUCACUUCUUAAUGUUUUUGUUUUAUUGUUUUUCUUUUGAAAAAUUUCUUUUAUGCGGUGCUCUCCACCGUGGAAACAAAUGAAGGACAUUCUCAGAGAAGCAAUUGUAAAAACAUCACAAUCAUGUUCUGUCCUCUUAUCACUAUUGAAGGUGCAUGUGAAUGCGUCUGAGUGUGUGAGUGAGUGUUUGUGCGCAUACAUCAAGGUGUAAUAUGGAACUACUUUUUGGCAAACGAAGGAGCAUUUUGUUUGCAUUUUUUUCGGUACUGAAAAAAAAAAAAAAGACUGCCCUGUUCCAGUUUGGCUCCCCUGCCUCCCUCCUAAUUCAUUUUUUAGAUUUCACACAUUUGUCUCAUCUGGAACGACUUGUUAUUGUUUCUAUACAGUUGCUGCUCCGUGUAGUGAUGAACACAGGGGGUGUGGGCAGGGAACCAGAAAUGGAACAGGGUCUCGCUCCCGGUCGGCUCUGAUAUAGGACCUCAGUCCAGACGACACUGACUGGCAGGAAAAGUCUAAAAGCUGGAUCAAAGUCAACAUUUGCAAACAAGAGAAAGCCUGUUUGUUCAGCCUCUUCUCACUGCAGCCUGUUUGAUGUUCAGCACAGCAGAAAACUUCCUGAUCCAGCCAGUAGUUCCUCUGUCAGAGCGCCUGGGACACGACAAAAAAACUACUGCUGGACACCAACACUGUAACUUUUUAACUUACAAUAAAGCAAUAAGUUAUUUUUUACCUUACAAAUGAAAAUAGUACUAUUAUUGGUAAUAGCAGACGCUGUGUGGAUAAAUCUGCGGCAUUAAGACUUAUUUUCAGAAAAUAAGAAACUAUAUUUUUCUGUUUUGAGAUCUUGUUCCCCUUGUAUAUUGAUUUUAAUGAUGUAUUUUGUUGUCUUGAUGUAAGGAAAAGGGCCAAUGCUUUGGAUGGGGCUUGUAGCUCUAUAUGAGCUCAGUUGAAGUUUAACAUUUGGGAUGUCCCCUGCCAAGCUUUAUAGCAAUGCUUUUCUUUUUUCCUUGUUUUUCUCCCCCCUGAUAAUUUCAAUUUUAAAAUCCUAAUAAAUUAUUCUAAAGCA